CCAACAUCCAGUGACGCAAUACUCCAAUAAAUCUUUUCUAAACUUGAUCCAGAAUAUAUUCUAAAAACUAUUACCAGCUAAGCGAGCGAUAAUUUUUUUUCUUUUACGUAUAAAAAUGCGCCAAGCCAAGCUCUCAUCGACAGUAGUAUUGUUCAAUCAUCAUUCGAAUGCCAAACCGAUUUUAUACAACAUGAAGGGUUUGAUCGUCAUCUUUGCUUUGUUUUUUGUCACCGUUUCAGCGAGAAAAUCCAUACCAUCAGAAACCGAAGGAAAGGUAUUAAUGGAUGAAUGCAUGUUGGACAAAUACGGCAAGGAUCCACAUGAUAUGAACAUCGAUCACAACGUGACGCAAGUGUUGUCGUGCACGUUUGCUUGCAAGUUACAAAUCGAUGGAGUGAUUCUUAAUGACAACUCGCUGAAUGUGCCAGUUCUUGAGGAGCUUUUCAAAGAGAGAAUUGCAGCCAGCGAUUUUCCCUACGUGGAUGUUUUUGCUAAAACUUAUUACCAGUGCAGAAAAGAUUAUCCCGAGCACUGCGACUGGGAAGUGUGCAUGGAAAAAAGAAUGCCGGUGGUACCGGAACCGGUAAAAGAUAUAGAACUUGGGAGUCAGAACAUUCAAAUUAUUGACCAACAAAAAUAGUUUGCUGAACAAGAUGAAUUAGAUGUCAUUGUUCGUAAUGGAAAAA